AUGACCGCCUCCAAGCAAUCAGCCCACCGCACCCGUCGGUCCCAUGGUUUGGGAGCCUGCAAAACAUGUCGCCGACGCCAUGCCAAAUGCGAUCAACGACGGCCGACCUGUCAAAUGUGUCGGGCCACCGGGGUGACAUGCGAGGGAUUCACCGAUGAGAUCCGCUGGAUGCCCAGGAGGCACCAACCCGGGACCAUAGAUGGGAUUGAUGAUAAGCAAGGCGCUCGACGCCAUCUCUACACAGAGAAGUUGAGAGUUUCCAUGAGCGAUGCCUUGAGUGCGGAUCUGGUGUCUGGCUCCAUCGAUGCAUCUCUGGCAGAGAUCGAUACCCGAUCGCGGGAGUCGGACAAGUCAUCCCAGGGGGAUAUCGUGGUCGGACCAUUUGCCGUGCUGAAUCUGACGACUUCGAAUCUUGCGUUGCCCCAGACUAAUACCGAGAGUUUGAAUGUGGAGGCCGCUUUGGAUCCGCUGGACGACGGCAGUCCCGUCGUUAGUCCGUCCCUGUCGCAGGAGUCGAUUGCAUACAUGAAUGAUCUGUUACAGUGGUCCGAUAUUCUGAGCUUGGAUCCCCAGAUGCACACUGCCGCCCUUUCCGCUCCAUUUGAUCUGGGCGAUUGGUUGCCGCUGGAAUCAGCGACACAGAUACCUCUGGAGCAGAACGUCACUGAAGACCCUAGCGCGACUGGUCAGACACAGGUCUACAUGUCUGUUGUGCAAGAGAGUAUUCGGAUGACCCAACCCUUGAUUGACCCCAACCCGCCUGAUGUACUGGCAGAUGCCCAUUUCCUACUGCGGCAUUUUCAGGACCACGUUAUUUCUCGGAUGAUGGCCAUCCCUCUGGACCAAAAGUCGACCUGGAAGGUACUGAAUGUCCCUUCUGCUGUUGUCACAUACAGCGAUAUGACGUUUCUAGGGUCUCAAAACAUUAGUCAUGCUCGACUCGCAAACCUGUAUUGUCUCUUGGCUUGUGCAGCCCUCCACCUCGCUGUGGACCCAUCUAUGGGGACGCCGGAUUCCAAGGAACGCUGGAGACCGGUUGCCGAUUACGCUUACCAUGUAGCAAAAGAUCAUAUGCAGAUGUCCUUGAAGAAUGAGACGCAGGAGCCGAAAAAGGCCAAGUACAAAGACCAGCUAAUGGCUAUCUGCGCCUUGACAGAAUUUGCCAUUUUAAGUGGUCAGCAGCAAGACGCAAGGUGUUACCUGAUCGAUGCAGAAAGGCUACUGCGUCUCCGGGGUCUGGCCAAGGCUCGCAUUUCCCAAAAGGCACGCCUACUGCAUCAUUUGUAUACCUGGCAACGGAUUGUGGGAGAAAGCACCUACGCUCUACACGAUUAUGCCCCCUCGGAUUCCUUCAUGGAGGCGCUCAAGCAUCGCUUUCGAUAUCAAAAGGUUGAGACCACUCCAUCAGCAGACCGCAACACCCGUCUGGACGAUUUUCUGCGCUUGGAUCGGCGGCCGGCCGAUAGCGACUUGAACAUUGACGAACCCAAAGAUACUGAGAUCGGUCUGUAUGACAUUCAUUUACAAGACUCGCGAAAGUAUCCUGCUACGCUCUACUCCCAGAUUUACGGAGUGUCCGAGACAUGGCUCAGCCUGGUGUCGCAGACGACGAGACUGGCCAAUGUCAUGGAGACGUUUCGGGUGGCGCGCGAAAGCCGGGUGAAGCCCGUCAGCUUGGAGGCUUGGGAAGCCUUGCAUCGGCGUAGUGAUCGCCUUGAGAGUAUGGUUUGCUCGCUCAAGGAGAGGGCAGACUCGAUGGGUAAACUGUCCAAGUCACAUGAAAGCUUGCUCCAGGCAUUGAACUCGGCCCUAGUGAUCUUCUUUUACCGACGCAUCCGUCAGGUUCAUCCGGCUAUCUUGGAAGGCCAGGUAGACAAGGUAAUCUCGGCAUUGAGUGAGUUUGACCUGGCGUUGGCGGAUGCGAACCUCACGGGGCCCGGUACUGUGUGGCCUCUGUUCAUUGCUGGAUGUGAAGCAACGACACCGGACAGACGUAAAUCUAUACUGUUUCUGCUGGACAAGGGGGAGGCACGGUGUGGGUUCUCGUCCUACCACACUAUCCGGGAUGUCAUGAAGCAAGUCUGGGAGAAGCAAGAUGCGCACAUGGCAAGGAGGGAGGCUUUUCCUACUUGGCUCGAUAUUGUAAAACAGAAACAAGUCUGGCCAAUUCUAGCGUGA